UGAUCUCUUGCACUCCUAUUUUUGUUCGUGUAAAUUCCCUUCACUUUCCGGGAAAAUUAUCUACAAAAAAUUUUUCCGAGGCGCCAAGCACUGAACUCACAGAGUAGUUUUGUCGUGGUUUUCUAAUCUUUCUUUUGACUCUGUCGAUUGUAUAUGUACAAAUAACCAGAGCAUGGGGUGUGCUGGAUCGUCGCAGACCAAAGGAGACGGGACUAUGAAGAAGAUCCGAAAGCCAAAACCUUGGAAGCAUUCUUCGGAAAUAACAAAGAGUCAACUUAUGAAGAUGCGAGAGGAGUUCUGGGACACUGCUCCUCACUAUGGUGGCAGGAAAGAAAUUUGGGAUGCACUUCAUGCCGCUGUUGAUGCUGAUCUAACACUCGCGCAAGCAAUUGUGGACAGUGCAGGGAUCAUUGUUCAAAGUGCCGAUUUGACAGUAUGCUAUGAUGAAAGAGGUGCAAAAUAUGAAAUACCAAAAUAUGUUUUGAGUGAGCCUACAAACUUGAUCCAGGACAGCUGAAAAACUGGAACCAACGUAGCACUUGUGUGUAAGGGACCGGAUGUAGAUCGUGUAUAUCAUUCUCUUUAAAAAUCUUUAACCAAGUCUGGUUCACCUUUAUGCCAUUUAAGUCAGCUUGACCUUUUGCUGUAGGUUUGUUGAUAUCAAACUCACAGGAACCAUUUGUUUUUGCUCUUUUGAAUCAUUUUCUGCAAUCACAUAGCGGGCAAUUAGUUCUUGGGCUUGUAGUUGGUCGUAUGAAUAGAGCAUUCUCUCAACUUGAAUGCAUACAUAUCAUUGUGA